GAUGAGCACAGUUGUCGGUCAACAGGCAAACUAGCAGCGCCUACGUUUUCGUCGCCUCUGUUCUCUUUAGUUUACCUUGUCAUCCGAGAAUCUUCUCGGGGAUUCAUUCUCCUCCGCCAUGGUCGAGGUUAAGGACAUCGAGAAGCUGUUCGAAACAGAUGGCUAUUUGCGGCCGUUUGAGCAUGAGAUCCGUCGCCGACAUGGCGUUCUCCAGGAUUGGCUAAAUAAAAUAAACCAGAGCGAAGGCGGUAUGGAGGGUUUCUCGCAGGGCUACAAAUACUACGGUCUCCAUUUCCAGCCGGACAAUUCGGUGAUUGCCCGUGAGUGGGCACCUGGAGCCAGAGAUGUUUACCUUACGGGUGAUUUCAACAACUGGCACUGGGAGUCGCACCCGUUCAAAAAGCUUGACUUUGGCAAGUGGGAGCUAGUCCUGCCACCCAAUGAAGAUGGCAGUCCGGCUAUUAAGCACAUGAGCGAAAUUAAGGUGAUCAUUCGCAACCAUUCCGGCCAAUUGCUGGACCGCCUGUCGCCCUGGGCCAAGUACGUGGUUCAACCGCCCAAGUCGGCCAACCAGGGUGUAAACUACAAGCAGUACGUUUGGGAGCCACCGUCUUAUGAGCGCUACCAACGCCAGCAUGCAGGUCCGGCCAGACCCAAGUCUCUGAGGAUAUACGAGUGCCAUGUGGGCAUCGCCUCUCAGGAGCCGCGAGUCGGCAGCUAUGACGAGUUCGCCGACCGCAUUGUGCCACGCAUCAAGCGUCAGGGUUACAACUGCAUCCAGGUAAUGGCCAUCAUGGAGCACGCAUACUACGCCAGUUUCGGCUACCAGGUGACCAGCUUCUAUGCGGCUUCUAGUCGUUUCGGCAAUCCGGAGCAGCUGAAGCGUAUGAUUGACGUGGCUCACUCGCAUGGGCUCUUCGUUUUGCUCGAUGUGGUCCACUCGCACGCUUCCAAGAACGUGCAGGAUGGUCUGAACCAGUUUGAUGGUACCAACAGUUGCUUCUUCCACGACGGAGCUCGUGGAGAGCACUCGCUGUGGGACAGUCGUCUCUUCAACUACGUGGAGUAUGAGGUUUUGCGAUUCCUGCUGUCCAAUUUGCGUUGGUGGCACGAUGAAUACAACUUCGAUGGCUAUCGUUUCGAUGGAGUCACCUCCAUGCUCUACCACUCCCGAGGCAUCGGUGAAGGAUUCAGCGGAGACUACAACGAAUACUUCGGCCUGAACGUUGACACGGAUGCCCUCAAUUACUUGGGUCUGGCCAAUCAUCUGCUGCACAGUCUGGACCCGAAGAUUAUCACUAUCGCAGAAGAUGUAUCCGGAAUGCCCACAUUGUGUCGCCCAGUUUCGGAGGGAGGCAUUGGAUUUGACUACCGCCUGGGCAUGGCUAUUCCAGACAAGUGGAUCGAGCUACUGAAGGAGCAGAGUGACGACGAGUGGGACAUGGGGAACUUGGUGCACACGCUAACCAACCGCCGCUGGAUGGAGAACACUGUGGCAUACGCAGAAUCUCACGAUCAAGCGCUGGUUGGCGACAAGACGGUAGCCUUCUGGCUGAUGGACAAGGAGAUGUAUACGCACAUGUCGACGUUGUCGGACUCUUCGCUGAUCAUCGACAGAGGACUAGCGCUGCACAAGAUGAUCCGCCUGAUCACCCACGCCCUGGGAGGCGAGGCUUACCUAAACUUUAUGGGUAAUGAAUUCGGACAUCCCGAAUGGCUGGAUUUCCCGCGUGUCGGCAACAACGACUCGUAUCACUAUGCUCGCCGGCAGUGGAAUCUAGUAGACGACGAUCUGCUGAAGUACAAGUACCUCAACGAGUUCGAUCGGGCCAUGAACGAGGCCGAGGAGCGCUAUGGGUGGCUGCAUUCCGGACCCGCCUGGGUCAGCUGGAAGCAUGAGGGCGACAAGAUCAUAGCCUUCGAGCGGGCCGGCCUGGUCUUCGUGUUCAACUUCCAUCCGCAGAGAAGUUUCACCGGUUACCGUGUGGGCACCAACUGGGCGGGAUCAUACCAAGCGAUCCUCUCCUCGGAUGAUCCGCUGUUCGGUGGACACAACCGCAUCGAUGCCAACUGCAAGCAUCCUUCCAAUCCGGAAGGCUACGCCGGCCGAUCAAACUUCAUUGAGGUCUACACACCAUCACGAACGGCCGUGGUCUAUGCCCGCGUCAGUGAUUAGAUGCUAGUCGAUACUGACUCCGGACCUGGUCUCUAUUAAAAUUGUUAAUGCCUAAACGAAUUUCACAUUUAGUCAUAGUGUUUGUUAAUGUUACGAAUCGGGAAGCCAUCAUUGAAAUAUAUGCUCAUUGAGGUAUAGUUUUCUAAA